AUGAUAUUCCUGCGGCAGCUCGUGACUCUGAUGAACAGCUUUUUUCUCGUGGGUUUUAAUGACAUAGUUCAAUCGUCACCGAAGAUCAAUCUUAUUGGUACAGAGAAGAUGAAGAGGGUUUCUCAUACGGAGAAGUUAAUGCAUGAUUAUCAAAUUGAAGCAGACAAUUGGAAAGAACAGUAUGAAAGUCUUCAGCUUGAUAUGGAAAUGUUAGAAGAAAGCAAGUGUACCUUAGAGAACCAGUUGAAGGCUGCCAAGGAUAAAAAUCUCCUUGAGACAUCAUUUUCUGAGCAACUCUCCAAAGCCAGCGAAGAGUUUAGAGGAUUGAAGGCCUUGCUGAACAAAAAAGAAGUUUAUGCAGGUGAACUUGUUCAAAUACUCAUCCAGACCCAAGAAGAUCUUCGUGUGUCUUUUGAUAAGGUCAGAUUUUUAGAAAGUUCACUUGCCCUUUUGCGAUCUUCUUAUGAUGCUGCUUUAGCCGAGAAGGAAGAGCUCAAGAAUGAGAUUGACCAAUGGGAAAGAGAUUAUGAGGCUCUUGAGGACAAAACUGCUACUGAAUUGAGUUGA